AUGGCUAUCCAUCGGAGGCGGGGCAAGCGUAGCUCGAUUUCCGACGAGCCCGGAUCUUCCCUUGGCCUCGAAGAGAUCCAAAGCGUGCCCAGCACAGGCGACGGAGCGCAGUACGACCUGUUCGUGGCACACGUACCGACGGUAAUGGGUGACGUCGCAGGCACCCUCCGCGCCGCCGAUGCGCUACAGUUUGGCACACGGAACGCUUUAAUUUCCCACAUCUCAGGCAUAUCGUCUGUGCUUCUGUUAACAGGAUCGUCGAUGUCUAUCUUCGUGAGCCUGCCAAUAUGUACCUCGGACGAAACGGAGGCCAUGUCUCAUCGAGGGAGCAUAUUCAUGAAAUCUCUGGCGAUCUUCUAUCACGCCUUCGUGUUCUCCGUGAUUAUCGAGAUACUGGUCCGCAUACCCCACCUUGGCCCGUACUCAGCCUGCUUUGAGGAGAUCGUCUUGGAGGUACCUAUCCUCUCUGCGGUGCUGCACGGCGGUUGGCAAUUUGGCAUUGCUGCGGCGGUUUUCAUUAUGAUCGCCGCCAUCAGUGACUCGAUCUCUCGCAUCGUUCUGAUGCGGUAUCCUCACCAUCUUCUGCGAUCAUGGGCCCGCGGCAAAGCCUGCUUUCUCCUACGAAUAAUGACUGGCAUCAUCGUUGAACUCAGUGCUUUCGGGUGCUGCGAGAGUCUCCUCCAAACCAUCAGCUCCUCGUCAUACUCGCAACAGCCCGAUAACGCCUGGAGCUUCGGACAGAUUCUCUCUCUGCUGUUCCUCUGCAAACGAUGA